AUGCUAUCUGGGUCGAUCAAUUCGGUGGAAGAAAAAUGGAUUAUUUUUUUUAAAGAAACUGAAAACCAUGAAAGAAAAUGUCAACUGUUGAAAUUAUGCGAGUAUUUAUUUGCAAUCCCUGCACACAAUGCCACAGUGGAAAGAGUUUUUUCGUUAAUGUCGGCCCAGUGGACUGAUGAACGAAAUCGCCUGCUCCCAGAGACUAUGGAGUCGAUUUUACAGUGUCAAGUUAAUUAUAAAAUGACUUGCGCAGAAUUCUACAAAUAUGUCAAAGGGGAAAAAGAACUAUUGAAAAAAGCAAAAUCUUCUGAAAAGUAUGGCCAUCCAAGUACAUCUGCAAUAAAUUAA